AUGACGCGUGUUGCGACCCUCCCCGGGGCGCUCCUCCGACUCAAUCUCCGAUGCCUGCGUCCGAGCGGCGGCGGCCGCGUCGCCGCGUCGAGGGCGCCGCUCGCCGCGCGGCGCGCGCCCGCGACGACGACGACGUCCGUCUCCUCCUGGCGCAUGGGCGGAGGCGGCGGCGAGGGACGGACGACGGAGGAACCGCCGCCGCGGUCGUCGCCGCCGUCGUCGAGAGAUCGCUACGGCUACGGCGACGACGACCCGAGCGACUUCGAGGACGACGGCCCCCGCCCAGGAAGGCGCGGAGGAGGAGGAGGAGGAGGAGGAGGACGCGGCGCUGGACGACGCGGAGGAGGAUUCGCCAAUAAUAAUUCCCACGCGGACCGCCGGAAUCCGUACUACACCGCGGAAUCGUCCUCCUCCUCCGCGCCUCGAGGCGGCCGCCGCUCGCGCGACCGCGGCGCCACUCACGACGCCGACGCGCAACCGCGAACGGUGUGGCAAGAGCGCCACGACGAGAAGAAGCGCAACCGCGCGGAACCGACGCUCGCGGAGCGAAUGACGGGCGAGGCGUUGUACGGAUUAAAUCCCGCACGCGCCGCGUUGCGAGACGCGGCGAGGCGAGCGCGCGCCGGCGCCGCCGCCAGGCGGACCAUCUACCGGAUGUUCGUGCAGGAGGGCUCCGACGCCUCCGGCGACGCCGCGCUGCUGCGCGCGGCGAGGGACGCGCGCGUCGAGAUCGAGACGGUGUCGAAGCACGAUCUGAACGUGCUCACCGGGUCGCCGCCGCGGCCGCACAACGGCGUCGUCCUGGACGCGUCCGCGCUGACGCCGACGCCGAUCGAUCAGCUCCCGAGAUGGGUCCACGGUGAAGGGUCGUCUACGGUGAAAGGGCCCGCGCCGGUGUGGCUCGCGUUGGACGAGGUCGUGGACCCGCAGAACUUGGGCGCGGUGCUCCGGAGCGCCAAGUUUUUGGGCGUCGCCGGCGUCGUCGUGUGCGCCAAGAACAGCGCACCGUUGUCGCCCGUCGUGAGCAAAGCGUCCGCGGGCGCGCUCGAGAGCAUGGACGUGCGAAGCGUCGGUGUGAUGCAUCGGUUCUUGAUGCGGUGCGUCGAGGACGGGUGGGACGUUUACGGCACCGCCGCGGAGGAGGGCGCCGCGGACGUCGCCGACGUCGACGCGAGGGGAAGGCCGAGCGUGUUGGUGAUGGGUAACGAGGGCGCGGGGUUGAGGACGAACGUGCGGCGGGCGUGCACGAGCAUGCUGAGAAUCGCGGGCGGGGGGGGGGAGGGGGACGACGACGACGGUGUGGACAGCCUGAACGUGUCCGUCGCGACCGGAGUCAUACUGCACGCGAUGCUGACGUCCGCGCGGCGGGCGCCAGCUGUCGCGGAGGAGUGA